AUGACGACUGAUUCAACAGCCUAUGGCACCAGCUCCUUGGAAAGUGACGAGCGUCUGAGCCUCCGCACGACGCGGAGACGCAAAAUUAUUCGAUUGAUUUUUGUAAGCAUUGGAAUCUGUGGCGUCUGCGCCAUUCUGGUCAUCUUCGGACUUAAUGGUCUUCCGAAGAACGAUGCCGUGGCACCAGCUGAGACCAAGGUUAGCGCACCAGCCUUGAACUCGGAGGUGGCAUGCGUUCAAAGCUCAUAUUUGGCCAAUCAGACCAAUAUGAUGGAGCCUAUAAUCGGCUUAAAGUGGACUCACAGCGCAGUGAAAACUGCUUCGUCUUUCAUUUCAGUAGACUUCAACACAAAGUUUCAAGUGAUCCUGGGCUUUGGAGGAGCUUUCACUGAAGCUGCAGCAUUGCAAUUUAGUAAACUGCCCAAACAGAAGCAAGAAGAAGUAUUAACGCUCUACUUCGAUCAGCGUAAUGGUAGUGCGUACACUUUCGGACGUGUACCCAUGGGAUCAUCCGAUUUUUCAAUCAGUUCAUACAAUUUUGAUAAUGUUGUCAAUGAUACGAACCUUGUGCACUUUGAUAACGAUGUGACCCACGAUCAAAAGUGGCUCAUUCCUUUUAUUAAGCGUGCUAUCGAAGUACAGCCAAAUUUAAAGCUUUUCUUGGCACCAUGGAGUCCUCCAGCUUGGAUGAAGCGCGCGUUGCCAAAUCAAGAGCCGAGUAUGCUAAAUUCGGUUAAACCUAUUGGAAUAAAAGAUGAAGCUCGUGCACCGUGGGCUCUGUACUUCUCCAAGUUCAUUACGGCUUAUAAGAAGCACGGCAUUGACUUUUGGGGCCUAACACCUCAAAAUGAACCACAAGCUGAAGAACCAUGGGAAUCUUGCAUGUACACGGCUGAAUAUCAGGCUGACUUCAUUGGCAACUAUCUCGGUCCGGUGCUUAAAAGAGAUCAUCCAGGUCUUGUACUCAUGGUCUUUGAUCACAAUCGCGGGAGUGUUCGACAAUGGGCCGAAGCGAUAUACAAUCAUCCUACGGCGGCACAGUACGUAGACGGAAUGGCUUUUCACUGGUACGAUAAUGAACGCUACAUGGACGGUGUCGAAUAUCACGAGCGCUUGAACGACACACACUAUAUUGACCCAAGUCGCUUUAUGCUGUCCACCGAGAGCUGCAAUUGCCCGGGUGUGGGUCAUGGAGAUCUUGCGUGGUUCCGUGCACUGCGUUACGGACACGACAUCAUGACAGACUUGAAUAAUCACGUGGUUGGCUGGGUAGACUGGAAUCUAAUUCUUGACCACCAAGGUGGACCCAAUCACUUAGCAAACAAAUGUGAUGCUCCGAUAAUUAUGACAGAAGAUGAACAAGACUUUUUCAUUCAACCAAUGUACUACUUUAUCCAGCACUUCUCCAAGUACAUUCCUGUUGGUUCACGCCGAGUAAAAACGCAUGUGGCAACUCAAUUUGCUCAACCAGGAGAGCCACAAUUAUAUGUUGACUACCCAUCAAUGCUGACAACGUGUGAUGGUAGUUCACGACAAAAAUGGCGUCCGACGAAUGACGGAAAGCUGGAAGUCACGGGCAGUGGUUUCUGCUUUGAUCUUAAAGAAAUUCCGUGGCAGGGACAUCAAGGCCUUCUGGUUGAAUGCCGCUACACACAGCAGCGUUGGACAUACGAGACUGACACGGGUCGUAUUCGUAUGGGCGCCUUCUGUAUCUCGUUAAAUCACGGCUCCACUAUAGAUGAAGUGCGGAUUAGCACCGACUUUUGUGAGAAAGACGUGAUGCCUCAUCAACAAUGGAAAUUCGACGAUAAAGACGGCACUUUGCGCUCGCUUGCAUCAACGACAGACCAGUGUGUAACUGCUGGUUAUGCAUUUAUGCAAGCAAGUGCGUUCGUAACGCCAGAAGAUCAAAAGGUGCUCGUAGUACUGAAUGAGAAUACAGAGCCAGCAAAGUUUGAGCUUCAGGUGGAUGGUGUCGCCAUGGAGACGCCGAGACAGCGAGUGAGAUCUAAAGUCUAG